CCAGCAGCGCUUUUCGGGGAAAUAAUUGAAGUAAAGAUUAUUUCGAGGACGAAAUCAUAUGAUUGUUCAGAAGUGCAGGAUCAUUUUUGCAAUUUCCCUAAAUCGUAGGUCAAAUUGUUGAAAUCCGUUUAAACCCCUCUCUGCUGUUAAUGAAAACCCAAAACCCACGAAGAACCACAGUUAUGGCACGGCCUUGGCUAUUCCGGCGAGUCUUCCACCGCUCUCGACAGCUUUUCGCCGCCUCCGACGACGUCCAGACACUGUACUCAGCUUUUUACCGGUUGCAGUGUCACUACGCCACCACUGUAACUGAUGCACAAGUCUGUAAUAGGAAUGAAAAUGAGAAAGCCAAGUGGUUAACUCUACCACCCUUCACUGCCGCCGUUAACGGUGCUGCUUUAGGAAGGGAACUCGCCGGAGUUAAAAUGGACGUCAAUGAGAAUUCAACCAACACCAUGACAGCUCUCAAAUGGGUUCAACGUUGCUGCCCCGAGUUACCGAAGUCCCUAGUGCAGAAGCUUUUUCGCUUAAGACAGGUUCGAAGAGACUCUUCUAACGUUGAAGAACAGCGGCCCAAGAGGGUUUCUGCAAAGGAAUCAAUGAAUGUUGGAGAUAGAAUAUUUCUUCCGAUAACUGUUCAGAAGUUUCCCUCUGAGAAAGUAGUUUAUUACCCUUCUAGUGAAGAAGAAAGGAAGUUUGUGCAUAGCCUAGAAUUGUAUAAGGAUGCAGAAAUUAUUGUGGUCAAUAAACCUCCAGGAAUGCCAGUUCAGGGUGGAAUUGGCAUAAAACGCAGUUUAGAUGAACUUGCUGCUAAGUAUAUGAGUCAUCAGUACUCAGAGGCCCCUCGCCUGGUGCACAGACUGGACAGAGACUGCAGUGGACUAUUGGUGAUGGGAAGAACACAAUUAAGUGCUUCAGCUUUGCAUUCGAUCUUCCGUGAGAAAACAUUUGACUCGCAAAAUGAGGAUCUUGAAAGCAAGAAAAGAAUUUUGCAGAAGAAGUACUGGGCGCUUGUCAUAGGAUGUCCAAGACGCUCCGGAGGGAUAAUAUCAGCACCACUUGGAAAGCUUUCCUUCUCUCAGCUGGUGUUAGACAACGGGAAAUCUGAGCGCAUCACAAUCAUGUCGGAUGUCAGAGAACCAUCGGCACAGUAUGCUGUAACAGAGUAUCGCAUCAUUGGAUCCUCUGAGAAAGGUUACACAUGGCUAGAGUUAUCUCCACUUACGGGCAGAAAGCAUCAGUUGCGUGUUCAUUGUGCUGAGGCAUUAGGGACUCCAAUAGUUGGAGACUACAAGUAUGGUUGGCAAGCUCAUAGAAAGCUGAAACAUCUGCCUUUGCCCACUUCAGUGUUGAACCUAGUUGUGGAAAUUCCCAGGCAAAAACCAGAUCCUUUCAACCUUCGUUUAGGGAAUGGAAGUAUUUCAGACAAGCAGCCUCAUCUUCAUCUUCACUGUAAGGAGAUGGUUUUGCCCAAUAUUUCUCUAGCUUUGCAACGAGCUCAAGUAGUUUCAGAUGCUGAUCUCGUAGAUGUUGAAAGUAUCAAGCUGGUUGCUCCUUUGCCCUUCCACAUGCAAAAGAGCUGGGAUUGCUUGAGUGCUUGAUUUGUCUUAGAAAUGAUGGCUUCUACUGAGCCACAAGUGCACUACUACAGAGCUGGAGUGAGGACACUGACUAUUACCUCUUCCCGAGAGAAUUCACAAUAUGAUGCACUUAUUGUUAACAAGCUCAUCUCACCGAUUGACUUCCUGCUGUGGAGAGUGAGAUCAUACUUCAUUAUGUAAUAUUGGCAUAGUUUUGAGUUUUGAAUACCAAUUGGUCAAAAGCUUGUAUAGUUUGGCCAACUUGAGCUCGACCCAUGACAUGAAAUCAGUUAAGGUUCAGGUCCAAGUCCAAGUUCAUUGGGCUGUGUGGGCUAGGCAUCAUUACAUAGAUCAGAACCGGGGACUCGGUCCAUUAGUCUGGGUGUUGACACCCUAUCAAGCCCAAAGAGUAGGUUAAUGUUCCCAACUUGUAGCAUUUUCUUUUUUUCCAUUUUAGUAAAUGGGAAUAUCAAAGGAACAUUUCAUUAUUGCAGAUUCUUGCAAAACACUAUAUUUAUGUAUUAUUCUUUUCCCAA